GCUCUUCAAAGCUGAUGAGCAGUGUUUCAAACUAUUUAUCACUUUGUUUGUCUUUGGCAAAUGGCAAUUCUCCAUCUUUCGAGGAGUGAAACUCAACCUAGGCCAAUUGACCAACCAACCAACUCACCGACCAGUGGGGGCAAACGUUGAAAACUAAGAAAUGUCCGUGACUGCGACCGUGCAAACUCCGCUGCUAUUAGACGCCGUCGAUGGCGCCGUUGACUACAAAGGCCGUCCGGUCCUCCGAUCCAACUCCGGCGGCUGGAGAUCUGCAUCCUUAAUCAUAGGUGUGGAAGUGGCGGAGAGGUUCGCGUACUACGGGAUCGGCUCCAACCUCAUAACGUACUUGACUGGGCCGCUGGGCCAGUCAACGGCCACCGCGGCCCAGAACGUGAACGUGUGGGACGGAACGGCGUCGUUGCUUACGCUUCUGGGUGCGUUCCUGGCCGACUCCUUUUUCGGCCGCUAUCGCACCAUUGUCGUCGCUUCUUUCAUCUACAUCCUGGGACUUGGCUCGUUGACUCUGUCGUCAAUGUUUCCUUAUCUCAGCUCAUCUGACUGCCAAGACACCAGUAAAUUUAUUCCAUGUUCUCCUCCUCAACCCCAAGUAAUCUUAUUCUUCUUCUCUCUAUACCUAGUAGCACUUGGGCAAGGGGGGCAUAAGCCUUGUGUUCAGGCUUUUGGGGCAGAUCAAUUUGAUGGGCAAGAUCCAGAAGAGUGCAAAGCCAAAAGCUCAUUCUUCAACUGGUGGUAUUUUGGUAUAUGUACAGGUGGCUUAGUAUCACUUUUAAUCUUGAACUAUAUACAAGAUAACCUUAGUUGGGGUCUUGGUUUUGGAAUCCCUUGUAUAACGAUGGUGGCUGCAUUAGUUAUUUUCUUGCUUGGAACUAGGACUUACCGGUAUAGCAUCCAAGGGGAGGAGAAAAGCCCGUUUGUGAGAAUCGGUCGGGUGUUUGUUGCUGCACUAAGGAAUUGGAGAACCACCCCUUCAGCCAUAGCUAUUGAAGAGGAAGCUCGUGGAACCUUGCCUCACCAGAGCUCGGAAGAAUUCAAGUUUCUCAACAAAGCGUUGCUUGCACCACAUGGUUCUAAGGAAUAUGGGAAGGUAUGUAGCAUCAGCGAGGUUGAAGAAGCAAAAGCAGUUCUUAGGCUUAUCCCAAUAUGGAUGACAAGCUUGGUGUAUGCUAUUGUGUUUGCCCAGUCCUCGACUUUCUUCACCAAGCAAGGGGCUACCAUGGACAGAAAAAUUGCGCCGGGCUUUGACAUACCGGCCGCUUCUCUUCAAUCCUUUAUCCCGCUUACCAUUGUUGUCUUUAUUCCCAUAUAUGACCGCAUUUUUGUCCCUAUAGCAAGAGCUUUCAGCAGGAAACCCUCUGGCAUCCCAAUGCUACAAAGAAUUGGAACUGGGAUGCUUCUGUCUGCUAUUUCCAUGGCAGUUGCAGCUCUAGUUGAGAUGAUAAGGCUCAAAACUGCUCAAGAGCAUGGGUUAGUUGAUUUGCCAAAACAGACGGUCCCAAUGAGCAUAUGGUGGCUGGUUCCUCAAUAUGUCUUGUUUGGGAUUGCUGAUGUUUUCACCAUGGUUGGUCUGCAAGAAUUUUUCUAUGAUCAGGUCCCAAACGAACUGAGGAGUGUGGGUCUGAGCCUCUAUCUGAGUAUCUUUGGCGUGGGGAGUUUUCUAAGCAGCUUCCUUGUCUCUGCCAUUGAGGAAGCAACUGGUGCGGAUGGUGGAGAUAGUUGGUUUGCCAAUAAUCUCAAUAGGGCACAUCUUGAUUACUUUUAUUGGCUACUUGCUGGACUUAGUGUAAUAGAACUGGCUGCUUACUUAUAUUUUGCAAAAUCUUACAUUUAUAAUAGAGGAAGCAAGGUAUGAAUGCA